AAGGGAGUGAAGGGAUUCGUUUCAGACUCCGAGACUGCUGAACCUAUUCCGAACGCUGUAAUUAUGGUGUCUGGAAUCGAUCACAACGUAACUACUGCUAGCAAUGGGGACUUCUGGAGGCUCCUGGUCCCAGGGACCUACAAUGUAACUACUGCCAGCAAUGGGGACUUCUGGAGGCUCCUGGUCCCAGGGACCUACAAUGUAACUACUGCCAGCAAUGGGGACUUCUGGAGGCUCCUGGUCCCAGGGACCUACAAUGUAACUACUGCCAGCAAUGGGGACUUCUGGAGGCUCCUGGUCCCAGGGACCUACAAUGUAACUGCAGUGGCUGAGAGGUACGAUGUGUCCUCCUCACCUGUAAUAGUGGAUGACGGACCGGCUAAAACGGUGGACUUCAAAUUACACAAACGUGGUACUAUCUAAUAUGUAUAGUAGAUAGGCAGCUAUACAUCUUUGUUCACAAGCAAUUUUGAAGUUUUAGUACAGACAGACGCCUGUUGUGACCUUACAUAUAGACUGGAUAGUUUACUCAUGGUUUCCAGUCGGCCAUUUUUUAACAAAUUUCAGAAGCUAAAUCCCUUUGAAGGCAAUCUCACUUUGGCGUGUCAAUAACACUUUCAAAAAUCUACUAGAAACUAUAUCAUCAGGGGUCUGUGAUACCAUAAGAUUCACUUUGGGCUAAUAAAAUC